UCUGGUCAAGUCACAACUAAUUGUAACUGUUUUGCAAUAAUGACUGUGUUGUAUUAUCCAUUGUUGACAUUGUGACAAAGGCCGUUAGCAAUGGUAAAGACAAGACAUAGUGUUGAUAUUGACGUUGAAACACCUCCGAAGUUUCUCUCACUCAGCAACGAGAAGAACCGAUUGUCUAAUCGGAUCAGUGAUGCUGUUGAGAAACAGUCAACUCGUGCUUAUGGAAAUCAGAGUCAUGACUAUAACAUUUUUGAAGAGAAAGUUGUAGAAUCUCGUUUAAGACCUCGAAUAGGACCAGGAAGGGCUUAUAACUAUCUAGAUGAGGAUUCAUCUGAUGAAGGUUCAAUACAAAGGCAAGCUCAACACUUGGGGUAUACUAGGUCUCGUCAAGUUAAGCAGGAAAUGUUAGAUAAACAUGAGGAGUCUUUAAGGGGCAAUUUAAGAAGCAAAAGGUCAUUUCAAGAAGAUGCUGAUCAAUCUGUUGAAGAUGAGGAUGAAAAUGAUGAUGAUAAUGUUAUUCAGAAAAGAAUUCUACCUCGAUUACGCAAGGAUAGUAAAGAAGACAGUAAAGACAGAAUCUCUUUAUUAAGCAAAAAGAAAUACAAUAGAAAGAGCAAUCAGUCAGAUGAUGAUGAAGGGGAAAAUUUGACCCAGGGAUUAACUGCUCGUCAACAGCAAGCUUCUGAAGAUGAUGAUGAUGAGGCUGAAAAUUUAAUACGCAGAAGCUCACGUACUAGACGACAGGUUUACGACACACUAAAUCAGUCAUAUCUUGUCAAUUUACCUGGUCAACGGAAGCGAACAACCAAUGAACAAGAUCAUUCUGAUGCCAAAGACCAAGAUGAUAGUGACGAUAAUGAAGAGUUUUCAGACAUGUACAGUCGUGUUAAAAGAAAGAGAGUUAGAGUCAAAAGGAAUAUGUAUGGAAUGCCUGUUACUGAAGAUUCUGACUCUGGUCCAGAAUUACGAAAACGAAAUAAGAACAACAACAAAGAUGAUGAUGGCUUUGAAACUGAAAGUGAAGAUGAGGAGGGGGAUGUUCUAGAGAAAGAGGAUGCUAUCAAUAAUUCUAGUAGAAGAGUCACAAGACAACAAAAUGUACCUGUUAAAAAAAAGGAACCUGUCAUCGUCAAAUCUUAUUCAUUGAGAGAGCAUAAGCCUCGGACUGAUUUGUAUAAAGCUCCCCUUGAAGAAAGAAAAGUCAAAAAGAUACAUAGUUCCAUAUUUAUAGGAACCCCUACAAAGAAAAAUGCUAGUCAAACCUAUCACUCCCCAGCACAAAGGCGAAAUAUCAGGAAAAGAUCAGCUUUUCACUCUAGCUCAAGCUCUACAUCAUCGUCAGAUGGUGAAAGUAGUGAUGAGAAAAGUUUUAAGCAUCGCAAAGCUAAGAGCAUGGCAAAGGCUCGAAACAGGCUUAUGCCCUUGAACUAUUCUACAAAUGCCUUACCACCAUCAAAUAUAGUAAUAGAUAGAAUUAGGUCUGGAGCAAGUCUUGCUGAUGUAGAGCCUAUGACUAUAGACAGAAAUAUAACUUUUAGCAGUAUUGGUGGACUUGGUAAACAUAUUCAAUCUUUGAAAGAGAUGGUAGUUUUUCCACUUCUGUAUGACAAAGUGUUUCAGCGUUUUAAUGUAGACCCUCCUAGGGGUGUAUUAUUUUAUGGACCACCAGGAACUGGUAAAACAUUAGUAGCACGAGCCUUAGCAAAUGAAUGUUCCAAGGGUGAUCGCAGAGUGGCAUUUUUUAUGCGUAAGGGCGCUGAUUGCUUGAGUAAAUGGGUUGGUGAAUCUGAAAGACAGCUAAGGAUUUUAUUUGACCAAGCAUACAAGUUUCGCCCUUCCAUAAUAUUUUUUGAUGAAAUUGAUGGACUGGCACCUGUGAGAUCCAGCAGGCAAGAUCAAAUCCAUAGUUCAAUUGUAUCAACUCUCUUGGCUUUGAUGGAUGGUCUUGAUAAUCGAGGAGAAAUAGUUGUCAUUGGUGCCACUAAUCGUAUCGACUCAUUAGAUCCAGCUUUGAGACGUCCUGGGCGAUUUGACAGAGAAUUUUUAUUCCCCUUGCCUUCUUCUGAGGCAAGAAAGCAAAUUUUAAAGAUUCAUACGGAAAGUUGGAAACCAAAAUUAAAUGAUCAUUUUAUAACUGAGUUGGCAGGGAAGUGUGUUGGCUACUGUGGUGCAGACCUAAAGGCCUUAUGCACAGAAGCUACAAUGUUGGCUCUUCGUCGCAGGUAUCCUCAGAUCUACAUGACCAAUGAUGCUUUAAAAAUUGAUGCUACAUCUAUCAAUGUUUCGGCCAAAGAUUUUUUUGAUGCUGUUGGUAAUAUUAUUCCCACUUCUCAGAGAUCUGUUAGUGCUCCAUCUCGUGCAUUACCUUCAAGAGUUCAGCCUUUGCUACAGGGACAAUUAGAUGCUGCAUUCAAUGUUCUUAAAGAUAUAUUCUCUCCCUGUGUGACUCAAUCUUCAUUUUUAGAUGCAGCUGCUAUGCCCAAUCAAGCACAGUUAGUGGGUGAAAAUGAUUCUUUGUGGGAUGAUUUAAUAAGUGACGAGGAUGAAAAUAGUCCUUCAAUAUUUGUUCCUUCUACUUCUAGCAAAGGGAAAGCCCUUAGAAAAAGUACAGAAGAGACUACCAGUACUUCUAAGCUUGUGUAUCUAAACUUUGCAAGACCUGCGACAAGAUGUCCUUUAACUUUCCGUCCUCGUUUGAUGCUGGUUGGAAGAAAAUGCCAAGGUCAAACAACUUAUAUUGCCCCAGCAAUUAUUCAUAAAAUGGAAAAUUUUCCAGUUCAUGUUUUGAAUCUUCCUGCUUUAUAUGCUGUCACUGCUAAAACACCAGAAGAAUCCUGUGCAAAUGUAUUUCAAGAAGCCAAGCGCAAAUGUCCAAGCAUUAUUUACCUGCCUAAUGUUAAUCAGUGGUGGGAUUCUAUGGCAGAAACAUUGAGAGCAACAUUGCUUUCACUUGUUCAAGACAUCGAUCCAUGCUUACCACUCCUUUUGUUGGCUACCAGUGAACAAUCAUAUGAUACUUUAGAUACCAUGCUCCAAGAACUGUUUUGUGACUCUAACGGUGAAGUUAUUGAAAUGAGGAAUCCCAAUGCAGAUGAAAGAAGAACAUUUUUUAGUGACCUAUUAGUGGAACAAGCUUGCAAGCCUCCACCCCAGAAGAAGAAAGCAGGAGUGUUACUGCCUUUGGUAAAAAAAACUGUUUCUUUGAAUAAAAAAGACAAUGAUCCUUUGCUUAGCAAAGUCCACUCUAAAAUAUGUAGGUGUAAAAAAGCAGACAAAGGAGGGAGAAAAAGAAAGCAUUCUUCAGCUUCUCCUCUUUCCAAGUCUUCUAAAAAGGUCAAAGUUACAAAGUGCUCGAGGUCCAAACCUAAACAAAAUUCAUCAAGGACACACACUAUGACUUUGAGGCCAAGAGCUAACAUUGGAAAACUAAACCGUAACCAGUCUGCCAAAGAAUUUGAUCAUAUAGGUGUGGAUAACAGCUUCAGUGUACUUCCUUGCUAUUCAAGCAAUCCUAGAACUAAGAGUGAAUUGGUAUUCAAUGAUCAGAAAUAUAACCAAGACAUACAACAAAGUAAAAACUGGAAACUUGCUAGAAAAGGAUUUUCCAUGACCAGCCGCUAUGAGCGCUAUUUUUAUCGAUCCCUGAGAGCAGAGCUAAAAUCUGUGGGAAGUUGUACAUUGUCCAAGUUGUGUACUUGGGCUGCUGGUACUAAAGGAGACAAUCAGUUACAACAUAGCAGUAACAUCAAAUCAUAUGACUUAUCUGUAUUGUCUUGUGGAUCUUCUCAAAUGCUAUAUAAAGAGAACUCUGACAAAAGUGACAACUCAGAAUUGUUAAGAAAAAGUACUGCCCAAAUGUUGCCCUUGAAUCUAAAAGAUCUAGAGAAUAGUGCCAAUAGAAUUUUGAGUCACACUUCUUCCAGUACAAGCCAAGGUUGUAAAGAUACAAGUCACACUACUGCCAGUGCAAGCCAAAGUUGUAAAGAUACAAGUCACACUACUGCCAGUACAAGCCAAGGUUGUAAAUAUACAAGUCACACUACUGCCAGUGCAAGCCAAGGUUGUAAAGAUAACAAUUUUCUCAGAUCAACACCAAGUAGAAUUUGCUAUAAUUUGCGACACAAUAGUAAAGAAAAAUGUGCUCAAAGAAUGCUUGAAGUUCUACCUAAAGCUGAACCGCCAAAGCCCACAGAACUAACUAAGCAAGAACUUGAUCAAUUGUUAGAAAAAGAAGAACUUACAUUGAUGGAAUUGCGCAUCUUUCUUAGAGAUGUUCUCAAUAAACUGGGCAGUGACAAAAAGUUUUCUAUAUUUGCUAAACCUGUAAACAUUGAGAAUGCACCAGAUUACUAUGACAUUAUUGAACACCCCAUGGAUCUAUCAACUAUGAUGUCUAGAAUAGACCUUCAUGAAUAUGGCACAGUAAGGGCCUUCAUGGAUGAUAUUGAUUUGAUAUGUUCAAAUGCUUUAGAAUACAAUCCCAAUAGAGGUGCAAUGGAUCGCAUUAUCAGACACAGAGCAUGUGCUCUAAAAGACACAGCUUACGCCAUUUUAAAAACAGAAUUAGAUAAAGACUUUGAAAAGACAUGCGUGGAAAUAGAGGAGUCCAGAAAACGAAGAGGACACAAAUCUUCAACCGUUCCCAACUUUUACUACACAAAGCCUCAGUCCCAGCAAAUGGCUUCCAAUAAAAGUCAAAGUGUUACACCAAACUACUUGGAAAAUGCAAAACAAAUUCGCUCCAUACCCAAACCUGAAGGUGAACGCUUCAGCAGGAGAGUAAGGGGCCUCAAUACUGAUCCAGUGCCGCCUUUGGAGGCGGUAGAGAAAGUCUUCAAGCUGUCUAGACUUUCCGCUUCUACUGGGACAGAAGAAAGUAAAACUAAUGACAAAGACACCUUUGAAUCCAACAGCCAACCACCUGUUGACUGUAGCAAUAAGGAUAACCUUCCCAUCUCUUCCAAUCAGGCUAUAUCUUCAGCUAAUGCAGUCAAAUUGUCAGACAAUAAGGAGAUGACAAAAGCUCAAUCCUCUUCCUCAAGUGCAUCCAAGUUGAAGAAAAAGAAAGACAUUUGGUGCAAGCCACGACGUAAGCGUCCAAAGUGUAUGAUUAAGUCUGAAGACGCUAAACAAGUCAAUAGUGAAAUGGACAUAGAUUUAGUAAAACAAUCCAAUGUUCCAAGUGAAGUUCAGAGUCCCUCUUCUAGUCAUCAAAUAUCUCAGCAGCUUAGAAUAGACACAACUGAACUGGAAAUUUCUGAAUCAAAAGAGGAUAAAAGUAAUCCCAGUGGAAGAUCUUCCGUCCGUUUAAAAAGCCCAGAGGUUAGUCCCAAUAGAGUAGUCACCAGAAGAAGUAGCAUGAGUCCAACAAAUUGUGUUCUGAAAAGUACAGAUCCUGGAUCAACCCAUCAUAAACAAGAUAAAAUAGAUGAUUCAAUACUGCAAGUUGACCAAAUGAAACAGACAGAAGACAGAAAUCAUUUAGGUUUGAAAAGACAGACAUCAAUAGGAAAUGAAACCCAUGAAAAACCCAGUGCUGUUAAAAGAUUAGAUUUAGAAGCUGUAGCUUUGGACAGUGGUGUUGGUAGUUCAGUUGAGAGUAAUGGUGAUUCCAGAGACAGUAUAGAUAACCAUAAAACAGAGGCAUUGUCCAAGCAAACAGUUCAGAUCAAUACUAAACAGACAGUACCGGUAUUUGAGAAUUCGCCGCAUGAUAACAAUCAAAACUGCAAUAGUGAUCUGAAGAAUGCUGAUACUGUAUGUACAGUAACAGAUGAAUCAAAGAAAGAGUUUGUUAUAGACAAGAAUCGCUUGACGGCAUUGCUAAAUGUACUUGUGUCCAACACUGAAGGUUUCAAUGUUGAGAAACUUGAAAGAAUCUAUUGUCAACUGACAAGUGUAAUAUUUCAUCACAGACAUAACUACAACAGACUUGAUAUGAUUGAAGAAAUGGAGAAAAAAGUUCAAAGACUGAUUAAAGUCAAACAGUUUGGACCAUCAACAUCCAGUAAAAAGUGACUUGUUAUCAUCUAGUGCCAGAUUUGCAGCAAUUUUUUAUUGGUCUAUGGCUUGCACCAUUCAGGGAACUAACGAUGUUGGUACAAGCCUUAGCUCUUCCAUUAUCUUUGAAACUUUUGAUGUGUGCCUGACCUGUUGUAUUUAUUUAUUUGACUAUGCUGUGUACAAAUAACCUCUAAGGCUGAGUAUAAAGGCAGCAUUUUUCUUAGUGCCAGUUACUUGUUUCAUUCAUUUGUACUUGUAGAUAUUAAAUACUCGGACAAGUUUGUCUAGCUCUAAUUGUAUGUAUAGCAUAAUUUAUAGCUUGUUGACACUUCACUGAUAGACUUUUUAGCUUUUUUCUUUCUUUGAACUAUUACAAAACAAAGAACUGUAGAUAGCACAAUAAUCCUCUAAUUAUUUUAAUAGCCAUUUGAGGAGGAAACUAAAAUAUACAGCAUUACACUUUUCCAUUUCUUUUCUAUCAGAGGCAGCAUUUAUUAACUAUAAUCCUUGUUGUAAGCUGGUGUUGGCUCUAAAAUGGCAUGUUUUCAUUCCAACUGGAUUCCUAAAUACACCUGUUGACCAUACAGCUAUGUUUCAACCUCAAAAUAAAAGCCCCUGUUGAUCCUACAGUUAUGUUUCAACCUCAAAAUGGACUAAAAGGUCAACACUAAUAGUUUGUCUACAUUGUAAUGAAAUCAUUGAACAAAAAAUUCCUUAGGCAUAAUUUUUUUUGUUCCUUUUAUAAAUGAAGAUAAAGUGUAAGGUCUAGUCUUGUGACUGAUUUGUUAGCACUAUCACUUUAUCACCUCAUGUUCUGUUGUUACCAAUGUUUAGUGUGUGUAAUAUGUUUACUUGACAAUGACAGGUUGGACUAGAUCAUGUACACUGUUAUUCAGUACUUUCAACCCAUCUAGAGUACCAAAUUAUAUGCUACAUGUGGACACAUACAUAAUUUUAUUUUAUUUAGAUUUCCCAUCAUCUAGAACAUUACAAAGUCAACCAGUCUUUGAUAAGCAUCAUUCAUCUUGCUCAAUAUCUACAAUGUUUUAGUCCUGACAUUUUUAUCUGUCCAUCAGUUGAUAUAAUGGCAAACAAGAUUAAUCUAUAGAUAUAAUUUAUAUAAUUACAUAUUUAUUAUUGUUUUUAUAUCUUAUAUAUUUACACCUCAUCGAACCAAAUUUUUAUCAUUGAUCUCAUACUUAUUUAAUAAAAUAGAUUUUUAAAUCUUAUACUGUCAGCGAGUUUAAAGAAGAAACAAACAUUCAAACUUUCAGAACUCUGUAGGUUCCAACAGUUACAGAAAAUAAAUAUAUACCUUUUAUAAGACUUG